AUGGCAAUGAGCGCUGGAAAGGCACAGAGACUCCCAAAGGUCGCCCCCUUAUCAUCAAUGGCAUACGGCAAGCGGAAUGAGGGCGAUUGGAAAAGCACGUUAAAAUUAUUUGUGGAGGAGGUUUCUCGACUGAAAGAGGAAACGGAUGCAUUGAAAUCUACCCGGAAUGAUAUAGAGGCCUCCUGGCAAAAAGCCGUGGAAAAGAUGAAGAUUCUCACAGAUGAAAAUUGUUUGUCGCAACACGCCCUGGAGUCCUUGUUGGAUGAAGAACGAAAAAAGUCUCUUGCGGUGGUAAAGGAAAAGGAAGAUUUGCUUGUGAAGCUGAAGUGUGCCGACGAGAAGUGUGCCGCGAAAGAAAAAGAGGUCCGUCGACUUGCUGACAUGGUGGAGACAGAAAAGAUAAGGCACAGCGUCUCUGUGGCGCUACAUGAGAAGACAAUGGAGAAGAAGGAGUCACAAUACCGGGCAGAGCUCCAUCUUCAAGAGAAGCGGCUAGAGGAGAUGCAACAUGAGUUGCAUCAGCAACUGAAGCGGCAAGAAAGUGAGCUCCUUGCAAAAGACAUAUUAUUAGAGAAGGAAAGAAAACGAUGGAGAAAUUGGCACGAAGGAUAUGAAAACGAAAAUUCCUCCGAUAUGCCCCAAAUAAAAGGGGCGUCAUGUGCAUGUCGACUCUCUCCAGAAGCCACAAUGAAUUUUGCCGAUAUUUCUUCCAGUACACCUUUCAUGGCGCAUGUGCCGUUUUCCGUGCCUCCCGAUGAUGAUGAUGCCCGUAACGUCUCGAAGAAGAGUCGGCUAGAGGCAGCCCGGCAACAACUACGGCGAAUAAAUGGAAAAAGCAAGGAGGAUGUCACAUUGAUCUCGCUUAGCAAGCUGAACCACCUUCAAGAACACUUCCGUCAUUAG